AUGAUGACAACAAUAAUGAAUUGUAAAAGCAAAAAUGGCUUGCUUUUGAGAUUGUUAUAUCUGCAAAGUAUAUUUAAUUUGGCUCAAUUGGAAAAUGAUAAUUUAGAUUCACUGGAAAAAUUGAGACAAGCUUUAAAUCAAUCAAACAAUUCAAUUAUCGCUUUCUAUACAAAUGCUAAUGUUGUGUCAACUAGAAGUUUAUUUAAAGGAGUUCAUUUCAAUUAUACUUUAGUUAAUAACAACUCCUUAAUAAUACAAGGUGUAAAGAAUGGUUCUUAUAUAGCCGGAUGUUUAAUAGGGAUUUCAGAAGAAGACAAUACUGUUUUGAAUGUUAUUAGAAGUGGUAUUAUAGAAGGUCAUGCAAUUUUUACAUUACCAGAUGUUUCAAGCGAAUAUCCUCAUGGCGCUGCUAUUGAAGCAUCAGGAAAAGAAUUUCGAAAUGCAAUUAAUCUAGCUAUUAUGAGAAUGCAAGCACAAGGAAUAGAUUUUGAUUUAGCUGCGAAAUAUCAUGAAAAUAUAGUUGAUGUGAGAACUUGUAAAAUUGACAAUACCGAUGAAUUUCCUAUUCCAAAUCGUGUCGAAGCUACAGGUUUACUAAAAACUGUAUUAGAAAAAAGUAUUGUACUGGUAGGUUCUUUUGGAAAUUUAAACAGUACUAAACCCGAUGAAGGCGAUCAAGAGUUCUCAUUUCAUUCAGCAUACUUAAAUGCAAUUCUGGACGAAUUCGCGCAACUGAGGGGACCCGAUGGUAUUGCAUACGGAAGACCUAACGUUCGACGAGUUUAUGCAAGAUCAUCAACUGCAAAUUUACUAAGAGGACGUGUCUAUAUGACAGAACCAUAUUUUCUUAUAGACAAUGUAUACACUGGUUCCCAAGAACCUUGUACAAGUAAUUCAGAUUGCGUAAAAGCGAAUACGGCAAGUGGCUAUGAAAGUUGUACGAACAAUACAUGCAUAGGAUAUACUCGUCCAAUUAGUGAAAUAUUCAAAUUAAGUUGUUUAACAUAUGGAACAGAAGCUUUGUUUAUUACAAAGAAAAUUAAUAAUGAACACGUGGCAAAUCAGUCUAAUACCAAAAUACCUGGGGGUGUGCUGGCUGCGCUUAUCUUACUAGCAGUUUCUUUAACGGGAACCAUUGUUCUUCUCGUUUUCAUGGCUCUUAAAGAACGAAGAGGAAAACCUCUAUUUGGUUAA